AUGAAAGCAAUUAACGUUGGAAUUGAAGCCAUCGAGAUUUAUUUCCCUAAGACUUAUGUUAACUAAGCAGAGCUAGAAUUAUUCGAUAAUGUUUCUUAAGGGAAGUAUACAGUAGGAUUGGGUCAAGUGAAUAUGGCCUUUGUAAGACCUUUUGAAGAUGUAAAUACUAUGGCAUUGACAGUGGUCACAAAUCUAUUAGAGAAAAACUAAAUUAAUCCUGCAUUGAUAGGUCGAUUGGAAGUGGGCACAGAGUCAUUGUUAGAUAAAUCGAAAUCAACUAAAACUACACUUAUGAGAUUAUUUGGUGAUAAUACAAAUAUUGAGGGAGUGACUUCAAUAAAUGCCUGUUAUGGAGGCACAAAUGCUUUAUUCAAUACUAUUAAUUGGAUGUAGAGUGAGGCUUGGGAUGGGAGAUAUGGAUUAGUAGUCUGUACUGAUAUAGCAGUUUAUGCUAAAGGAUCGGCAAGAACAACUGGAGGAGCAGGAGCAAUUGCCAUGUUAAUAGCCCCGAAUGCAACUUUUACCAUAGAUCCAAUUAGAACAACUUAUAUGAAGGAUAAUUAUGAUUUUUAUAAGCCAAACUUUCACAGUGAAUACCCUACUGUAGAUGGUCAACUAUCAAUAUAGAGCUACUUAUAAUCAAUUGACAAUUGUAUUUAAUCCUAUUAUAAGAAAAACAAUAAUUUGGAUGCUGAUUUUUAUUGUUUUCACAGUCCAUUUCAUAAGAUGGUUUAGAAGUCAUUCUUGAGAGUUAAAUUAAAUGAGUCGUUUGUUUAAAAGGGUGAUACUGGAUUCACAUUCUAAAAUUUUAAUGAAAAAUAAUCACAAAUGCUUAAAUUCUAUUAAAAUGAUUGGUUGAAUAAGGCGUUUCCCUCUUGUCUUUUAUCCAGGGAAUUAGGAAAUAUCUAUACAGGAGCUCUAUAUGCAGGAUUAGCAAGUUUGAUCGAAACCUAAGAUGAUUUGAUAAAUAAAAGAAUAAUGAUGUUCUCCUAUGGUUCAGGCUGUGCAGCAUCACUCUUCUUUUUGAGAUGCAAUAAAUCAACAAGAAUGAUGAAACAGAAUUCAAAGGUUCAAGAACGAUUACAAUAGAGGAUUAGAAUUUCCUGUAUAGAAUAUGAUCACAUUAUGUAAUAAAGAGAGAUAAAUUACAAUAAGCAUAGCUAAUAAUAUCAACCAAAAUAAGUGGACUUAUAUCCAGGGACAUUUUAUCUGAAAUCUAUAGAUGAUAAAUACAGGAGAGAAUAUCUCGUGCAUAAACAAAUAUAAUUGAACUAAACAUCUGACAUAUUAGUACUUGACGAAUCUAGAUCUAACAAAAAAAUUCAAUAAAUUAGAGAUUAAAUGACUAAUAAUAAUAGUACAAUUGAUUAAACUUCUUAAUAAACUUAAAAGUAAUAUAAUCAAUUGUGGACUGGAUUUUAUAAGAAAACUAUAUAAUAAAGAUUGGACUAAUUGGAGAAAACAAUGAAUGUAAAUGUUGAGCCAUUCAAAGAUGGAGGAUUAUCAUUGUAGAAUGCCAAUUUAAUGGUUGAAAAUUGCAUUGGAAAGAUUUCAUAUCCUCUUGGAUUAGGAUUAAAUUUCCUAAUAAAUGGAUAAUGCUAUUCAGUACCUAUGGCUAUAGAAGAACCAUCUGUGAUUGCAGCGGCUAGUGCAGCAGCGAAAACUAUUAGUGAAGCUGGUGUUGGAUUUCAAACAUAUUCAAGUCGUCCAGUGAUGAUGGGCUAAAUCUAAUUAUUAGAUGUCUCGAACUAUUCAAAAAUCGAAUGUUUAAUCGAUUCCAACAGAUAGACCAUUAUUAACAGAGGAAAUUAAGCAUGCUAAAGUAUGGUGAAGAGAGGAGGAGGAGUAGAGGAUGUGAAAUGUAGAAACUUGAGUUAAGGACAAUGUAGUGUGGAUAUAUUUAUCAACGUAUGUGAUAGCAUGGGAGCCAAUUUAGUAAAUACUGUUUUAGAAUUCAUUGCCCCUUUGAUAGCAGAAAUCACUGGCACUAGAAUUGGGAUUAAGAUACUAACCAAUCUAUGUAUGAAUAGAAAAGUAACAGCCUAGUUUACCUUAGAUAUCGAUAAGAUGAAUUAUAAAUCAUUAAGUGGAAAAGAUGUUGCUAAACUAAUGUUAGAAGCAUAUCAAUUUGCAGAUCUUGAUAUUUACAGAGCUGUAACACAUAACAAAGGGAUUAUAAAUGGAAUUGAAGCAGUUUGUAAUGCUACUGGAUAGGAUGCAAGAGCAGUCAAUGCAUCUUUACAUGGGUAUGCAUCUAUGAGUGGACAAUACAAACCACUUUCAUAGUAUAAGAUAGUCGAUAAUAAAUUCAUUGGGGAAUUAACAGUUCCAAUUAGUGUUGGAACUUAAGGAGGAGUCUUGCCUCAAAAUCCUCUAUAUUCAUAGAUCUUGUCGAUUUUGGACUACCCAGAUUCUCAGAAGUUGGCUGAAAUUAUUGUUUCUGUAGGAUUAGCUUCAAAUUUUGCAGCCUUGAGAGCCUUAGCUGUUGAGGGUAUUUAAAAGGGACAUAUGACAUUGCAUGCAAGAAAUAUUGCAAUAGCAAGUGGGAUACCUGAACAUCUUGUUGACGAAGCAGUUCUAUUUAUGAAAAAUAGAAAUAGCUUCAAUAAAUAAACAGCAUUGGAAUUCCUUAAGGCUUAUAAUGUAUUCUUCGAGAUUGGUAAGGCUAAAGGGAAGUAGAUGAAAGCAUUUUGCACAUUUUCAGGGUCUUUCGAUAUGAUAGGCACUUAAGAAAAAGUAGAUUUACAUGUAGUCUUCGAAUGCGAUUAAAACAAGAUUAAUUUAAAUUAUGCUGAUGAUUCAACAAUGAACAGACAAAUAUUUGGAUUGAAAGGUCAAGAGUGGUUGAAGAAUUUGUUUUCAGUGUUGAACACAGUCAAAAUAAAUAAAGAGGCUGAAUUAUACUAGUCUAAUAAUUUGACAUCCAAAUUGAAGCUAUUGGCAAUUUUGAUAAAUUUAUUAUCUUUCAAUAUGUUAAGUCUUGAUUUUGAGAGAGCAAAGAAUUUCAUAUUGAAUUAAAAGCCUUGUUUAGGAGGUGCUGUUUCGUUGAAGUAUGGGUUAUCACUUAUGAAUGAAUUAAUGCACAUCUUUGAAUACAAUAUAGACUAAUUCAUUGGAUUUCCUUAAUUAAGAUAAGCAUUGAUGGCAGAAUUGAAUAAUGUUAUUUUGGCACAUGUCAAAUCAUUUGAAUUGUUGCAAUAGGCAAAGCAAGGUUAAUUCAAUUGUGAGGAAUUCUUAUGCACUAGAUAGAAACGUUUGUCUUGUACAAUGAUGCUACUUUGUGAUUGUAUUUCAUUAAAGAGUUUCAAUCCCUCGAUUAUUGAAGAGAUCAAAUUACUUGGAAGAGUAAUUGAGAUUUAAAUGACUUUGACAAGAGAUACUUAGAAAUGGAAUAAAUCAACUCUCUCUGAACCUAACAUGUAUACUUAUUGGCUGAUUGCUAAUUAGAAAUUGAUCCUCGGUGAAAAUAAGGAGAUCUUAAGUUCAUUUUAUAAUGAGCAUAACAGAUUAUUGAUGUCUCUAAUUUAAGAAUUGGAAAAGAACAUAUCUCCUCAAUUAAGUCAUCUGAAAGAUUAAGCCAUGAAUGCUAUUCAACUAUUUUAUAAACCGAGAUUUAUUUUGAAAUAAAUAUCCGAUUCGAAUCAUUAAAAUAAGGAUCUUCAUCCUAGUGGUCCUAGGUUGACUUUUGAUCAGGAACAAUUGCAAAGAUAUCAGUUUUAAUAAAUUGACUCCAAUACAUCAUUACAUCCACACAAAAUGACAAAUACAAUUCAUUGUGAUUCAAUCAUGAUAAAACAAGAUGUUAGCAAAUAGUUGACAAGAAAAAGAAAGUCUGAAUUUAAGAUUGGGUUAAAUCGGACAAGUUUCUUGAGGACUAUAAACAGAAAUUCCCUUGUGUAAAAGUUCAAAAACAUUCUUCUCAUGCGUUCUUAUGUUUUGAGUAAAGAAAAUAAGUAUCUUUUACUUCAAGAUUGGUGGUAAAAACCAACCAAAAGAAAUCAAUAUGCUCACAAUCGCAUACCAUUUAUAAUAUCUGGUAGUCAUGUUUCAAUCAUUUUAACUAUAUGGUCUCUAUUCAUACAAAUAGUCACUCUAUGGAUUACUCCUUUUAUGAUUUCAUUUCAAUAAGAAAUCUCCAUUUUCAAAGUUAUCUUCCUUUUUAUUGUAUUCUAAGUAUUUUUCGAUGCUUUUCUUAAAAUCAACAGUCCAUUGAUUGUAAAUGGUGAGACUAUAUAUGAUAAAACAGAAAGAAUUAAAGAUUUCUUUAAAAAAAGCUUGCUCGAAGACUUAAUGUAUAUCGCCACCUUAAUUGUCUCCUUUUUUCCAAUCUUUGAUAAUAUCCAGCUCAAAGGCACUAUUUGUAUCAUAAUCAUUUUUAUCUCUUACAAAAAACUCAAUCAAAAUUAUGAAAGCUUAUAUGAAAUUCUCUACUUAAAGGGAUAAUACCAUUAUGCUAUAGACGUAAUGUCCCUCAUCAUUUUGAUCUUCUCAUAUGCACAUGUUAUGGCAUGCAUUUGGCACUAUGUGGGUGAAAUUUCAAUGGAUUAAGGUCAGUCCUGGCUAAUUUAAAGAAAUCUACAAAAUAGUGCAGUAUGGGAAAGGUACAACACAUCUUUUUAUUGGGCCACAAUGACUAUGUCAACCGUAGGCUAUGGAGAUAUUACACCUACUAAUCAAUUCGAAACUUUGGCAGCUAAUUUGAUGAUGAUUCUCUCUAGUUGUAUGUUUGGUUAUUCAAUUAGUCAAAUAGGAAUGAUACUUAAAAGUUAAUAUGAACUCUAGUAAAAAUAUAAACGUUCAAUUAUAAUUAUGAAUGCAUUUAUGAAAAAUAGCUAAGUUAAUUUGUAAAUUUAGAGUAGAAUCAGAAAUUAUCUCAAAUAUUAAUGUGAAACUGAAGCUAAUGAAAAUAAAGAUGAUAUCAAUAAAAUCGUUGCAGAUCUCCCCAUUGGAUUAAAAUAAGAACUUGUAUAAGAUGUUUAGAUGAAUAUAAUGAAGAAGAUUAAGAUUUUAAAUAAUCAAUUCUCCCAAUCAACUCUAAAAUAACUUUCUUAGUAUUUAAUAGAAUUUAAAUUUACUCCUGGUGAUGUCAUAUAUCAUAGAAAUGAUUCAAAUGAUUAAAGUCUAUACUACAUUUAAGAAGGGAUUGUUAAUAUUUAUGAAGAAAAUAGUUAAAAACUGUUGCAAUCCUUAAAGGCUGGAGAUACAUUUGGCGAAUAUUAAUUCUUUACUGGAUUUCAAACACAAACUUCUGUAAGAAGCUAAGGCUUUACUAAAAUAUUCAAAUUAAAUCGUUCAUCUAUUUUAUAGUUAUUAAACUAAAACUCUAAAGAUUUUUAGAGAUUUCACCACAUCAAGGACAAUAUUAUAUUCAAUAAGAACUUUCAGAUAGUAUAAAAAAAUUGUAAUUUCUGUAAAAUGAGUAAUCAUAUUAACAUUGAUUGCCCACUGUUAUCCUACAAGCCAGACAUAUUAUAGAGAAUUAAGAAAGCUGAAUUACAGCCCACCAUAUAAAAAAGAGUUUUUAUUGAAAGAAAUAAUGAGAAAGUGAGAUGUCUAAUGUUGCAUGCAGCAAUAAAAGAUACUGUUGAAGAAUACAAGGCAAAUCUGUCUACUACUUAAAUUGAUGUUGAUAUGAAACUAUUUUCUACAUAUGCGACAAAAGAUUUAAAUAGUCAUUGCUAAAAAGAAUCCUUAUUAGACAAAUAAAUGCCUAAGUCUCCACCAGUUGCUCCUUUGAAAAAAAAUAACUCGUUCUUGAUUAGAUAGAGAAAUCAAUCUUAAUAAAAGAAGGUCAACCUCUUUGUAAAUUUAAAAUCAGUCGUCAGAGACUCUGAUAGACAAUUAAAAUCUGAGUCUGAGGAUGAUCAACUCAAUAAUUCACCAAAGAAUCAAGUUUCAUAAUAAUUUCUCAUUGAUUUAAAUGAUUGUUAAAUGAAUCACUUUGAUGAUUAAUUCCAAACAACCGAUUUCAAUAUUGAUAGGUUGAUGAAUUAUUUUGGUUAUAUGCCUAUGUCCAAUGUGAUUUAUGCUUUGAGGAAAUACGAAAAAAUGUAUAAGUAUUCCAAAGUGAAGACAAUUAAUUAUCCAGAAUCAGAAAGCAGGAAAUUUAGCAUUCCCUUGUAUUACAGUAGAAGGGAAUCAAUAAAUGAAUUACUUAAAGAGAAAUAUUGA